UGCACUUUCCAGGUAAUUAAUUGGUCUGUUCGAGCAUCAUCUACUAUAUAUAACAAUUAAUUUUCCCAAAGAAGGAGAAUAGGUAACAGAGAAUGGGUGUUCAUCAGCUGGUUCUGGUGUUAUCGCAGAUCAUUUUGUUACUCUUGCCACUCAAAGCAUCAGCAAUAUCAUGUCCCAGCAUGUGUGGUAAUGUCAGCUUUUUCUACCCCUUGGGAAUUGGUGCAGGCUGCUACUUUGAAAAGGGAUUUGAAGUAACUUGUGACAAUUCUUCAGGCUCUGAAAAACCUUUCUUAACCAGCAUCAAUCUCGAAAUGGCAGAAGGUGUUUCUUAUGUUUCAAGCUAUGUGAUUCGCGUCAACUUGCCUAAAAUUUCUUUGAAUAAUAGUAGCACAACUCGAGACAUCGAUCUGUCGGGAAGCCUCUUUUCAUUUUCAAACGAAAGAAAUAACUUCAUUUCCGUUGGUUGUUAUAGCAAUCUGAGUCACAACCAGAUGGAUUCAACUUCUGCUCGAUGUCAAUCUUUUUGUACUUGUGAUCCUUCACAAAAUGCUACUGGUUGCUGCGAUAUGAUAUGUACCCUUCCUCCGAAUGGUAAGUUUAAUAACACUGAAAGUAUAUCAGAAUUUUAUUCAAAAAAGGUUCCCCGAAACUGCAGUUCUGCCUUCAUGGUUGACCAAGAAUGGCUCCAGUCAAACUACCUAACAGAACCAUCGGUUUUGAGAGGGAAAGAAUUUAUUCCUGCCAGCCUGGAGUGGGGAAAAUAUAGAGGGUCGUGUGUAGAAACUUAUAAUUCAGGCAAUUUAUCUUGUAAUGCGGAUGAUGACUGUUUAAUCAAAUUAAGCUCAGGCUUUAUUUGUGUUUGCGAGGAUCAAAAGCCGGCUAGACAUCAAGCAUGCAGAGGUAACUUGUUCUGUGACACCAAGAGCGGCUACAAUUGCACUGAAGAAUGUCCUCAUGGUUAUAAUAUAUCUAUAUAUUCUCAAGACAGUCAAGAAACUUGGUGUUAUCCAUUAAGUUCUAAGGAUAAAUCUCGGGUCAGAUUUUUUAUUAUCGUAGGUAGUUGUGCUGGCAUUGGGUCAUUUUUACUUCUCAUUGGAAUAUGGUGGUUGUACAAAUUCAUAAAAAGAAGAAAAGCAAUCAAGUUGAAGCAGAAAUUCUUUAAAAGAAACGGUGGUUUAUUACUACAACAGCAGUUGUCAUCCAAGGAAGGUAAAAUUGAGAAAACAAGAUUGUUUACUUCAAAGGAAUUAGUAAAGCCCACAGACAACUACAAUGCAAAUCGAAUCCUAGGUCAAGGAGGCCAAGGCACAGUGUACAAGGGUAUGUUAGCAGAUGGAAGAAUUGUAGCCAUUAAAAAGUCCAAGAUAGUGGAUGAAAGUCAAGUUGAGGAAUUCAUCAAUGAGGUAGUAAUAAUAUCUCAAAUUAAUCAUCGAAAUGUGGUUCAAUUACUGGGAUGUUGCUUAGAGACAGAAGUUCCAAUUUUGGUGUAUGAAUUCAUUUCUAAUGGAACUCUCUUUCAUUAUAUCCAUGGCGAAAAUGAGGAGUUUCCAAUCACAUGGGAGCUACGCCUACGCAUUGCCUUAGAUGUUACAGAUGCUCUAUCAUAUUUGCAUUCAACUGCUUCCAUACCUGUAUACCAUCGAGAUAUUAAGUCAACAAACAUACUCUUGGAUGACAAAUAUCGAGCAAAAGUCUCAGACUUUGGAACUUCCAGAUCUGUUACAAUUGACCAAACUCAUUUGACCACUCAAGUACAUGGGACCUUUGGAUAUNUCCGGAAUGUAUCUAACCUUAGUCAAUUUAAUGUUUUUCCCAUUUUCAAGCCUUAA